AUGAUACGAUGCCACGAAACUCGAGAAGAACAAGAUCAUCAAAUAUCUUCUUCUCAAGCACUUCAUCAAUGUAUCGCCACUCUUGUUGGUCAAACAUCCUCUUACAUUUCAUCUUUAACUCUUGUAGGAAAGAGACUUUACACAGGCUCCAAUGAUGGAGUUGUCAGAUUGUGGAAUGCAAGCACGUUAGAAACACUAGCCGAAGCAUCAAGCAGCGGCGAUGUAAUAACAGGAGAAAGAGGAGACGGAGGAGCAGUAAAGUCUUUGGUAAUCUUGGCUGAUAAACUCUUCACAGCACACCAAGAUCAAAAGAUACGUGUUUGGAAGAUCAACAGCGUCGUUGAAGAAGAAGAAGCGGGUAAUAAAAAGUACAUGCAUUUAGCAACGAUGCCAACAAUUAGCGACCGUUUAGCAAAGUGUUUGAAGCCUAAGCACCAAGUCGAAAUAAGGAGGCACAAAAAAGUUUUGUGGGUUAACCAUGUAGACGCGGUUUCGGGUUUAGCCUUAUCAAGAGACGGAACGCUCCUCUAUUCUGUCUCAUGGGACCGGACUCUUAAAAUCUGGCGAACCACCGAUUUUAAAUGCCAAGAGUCCAUCACAAACGCCCAUGACGAUGCAAUCAAUGCGGUUGAAUUAUCCGAGAGUGGAGAUAUAUACACGGGAUCUUCUGACCGGAAAAUUAAAGUGUGGAGGAAGAACAUAGAUGAGGAGAAGGACAGGAAGAAGAAGAAGAAGAAGAAACAUUCUUUGAUAGCAACAUUGGCAGGACAUAAUUCAGGUAUUAACGCGUUGGCAUUGAGCAGCUACAACAUUCUUCUUUUAUAUUCGGGUGGAUCUGAUGGAUCAAUGUUGGUGUGGAAAAGAGACGAUGAAAGUGAAGACAUUGCUGUUUCUGGAGUGCUAAGAGGUCACACAGAGUCAGUUCUUUGCCUCGCUGUUGUUUCGGAUAUACUUUGUAGUGGCUCUGCAGAUAAGACGGUGAGGCUGUGGAAAAUAUCUGCGACGGAUUAUUCGUGUUUGGCUAUGUUAGAGGGGCAUAGAGGACCAGUUAAGUGCUUAACCGGAGCAAUUCACGACUCCGGUAAAGAAUCUGAGGCUUCUUAUCAUGUUUACAGUGGAGGACUUGACUCCCAAGUUAAGGUUUGGCAAAUUUUGGUGCCAACCUUAUGAAAGAGUUCCUAUAUCAUUUAAUUUUGAUGGGAUACCAAAUGUGUGGCUUCUCUUUAGUAACUUGUUGCCUUUCUUGAUAUAAGUUGAUGGG